GGGGAAGUCCAGCAUAUUGUUUUGCAGACCUUGCCUACAGCUUCUUUGCAGUAUAAGCAUAAAAUAUAUCCACCCGGGAAAGCAAUUGGAGAGAGAUGGACUUCCAGCGCAGAGCUCACCCUUACCCCAUCCCAGAGGAUGAAGAGGUUAUGCACAAGGUCGCUCCUGAUGCCCACAACUCCGCAGGAAAUGAAGGCGAGAAACCGGUGUCAAAAUUGCAACGUAGGCACAGUGACAUAAAACUCUACAAAGAGUUUUGUGACUUUUAUGCAAAAUUCAACAUGGCGAACGCGCUUGCAAAUGCCAUCUGCGAGCGCUGCAGAGGUGGCUUUGCCCCUGCUGAGAAAAUCGUCAACAGCAACGGCGAGCUGUACCACGAGCAGUGCUUCGUCUGCGCCCAGUGCUUUCAGCAGUUCCCCGAAGGGCUCUUCUACGAGUUUGAAGGGAGGAAGUACUGCGAACAUGAUUUUCAAAUGCUUUUUGCCCCUUGUUGCCAUCAGUGUGGUGAGUUCAUUAUUGGUCGUGUUAUUAAAGCGAUGAACAAUAGUUGGCAUCCAGAGUGCUUCUGCUGUGAUAUCUGCCAACAAGUAUUGGCCGAUAUUGGAUUUGUCAAGAAUGCUGGCAGACAUCUCUGCCGUCCUUGCCAUAACAGGGAAAAAGCCAGAGGCCUGGGAAAGUACAUUUGCCAGAAGUGUCAUGCCAUUAUUGACGAACAGCCUCUCAUAUUCAAAAAUGAUCCUUAUCACCCUGAUCAUUUCAACUGUGCAAACUGCGGGAAGGAACUUACUGCUGAUGCUCGUGAGUUGAAGGGAGAAUUGUACUGCUUACCCUGCCAUGACAAAAUGGGUGUCCCCAUCUGUGGGGCGUGUAGAAGACCAAUUGAAGGCCGUGUGGUGAAUGCCAUGGGCAAACAAUGGCACGUGGAGCAUUUUGUUUGUGCAAAAUGUGAAAAGCCAUUCCUGGGUCAUCGUCAUUACGAGAGAAAAGGCUUGGCGUAUUGUGAAACCCACUACAAUCAGCUGUUUGGUGAUGUUUGUUUCCAUUGCAACCGUGUGAUUGAAGGAGAUGUUGUGUCUGCUCUGAAUAAGGCAUGGUGUGUAAACUGUUUCGCUUGUUCAACUUGCAACACUAAGUUAACACUUAAGAAUAAAUUUGUUGAGUUUGAUAUGAAGCCUGUCUGCAAAAAGUGUUAUGAGAAGUUUCCUCUAGAGCUGAAGAAAAGACUGAAGAAACUAGCUGAAACUUUGGGAAGGAAGUAAAGACUUCAUCUGCUCUCCCCUUCCUUUGUGAAAAUCUUAAAUAUAUUACCUGGGGAGGGGGGCUGCUUUGAGGCUGCAAUCAGACAACAAAUAAUGA